AUGAACGGACAAUCAUCAUCAUUUGUCACAGUACAAAAUGGUCGUUUGACUUUGAAUAAUCAAGAUUAUAUGUAUAUUGGCACCAAUUUUUGGUAUGGUGCUAAUCUUGCUUCACAAGGACCGGGUGGCAAUCGUCCGCGUUUACUACGUGAAUUGGAUCGAUUACAUUCAUUAGGCAUCAAUAAUUUACGCAUACAAGCAGGUAGUGAAGGUCCAAAUACAGAACCAUGGCGUAUUAUU